CAAGCCGGCCUUCCCAGUACAUACGUCAAGGACCCACUGAAGGAAACGGUGUAUCUUUUACAGGUCAAGGGGUUUGAGGCGCCUGGCCGUGAGCACUGCGUGUGGAGGCUAAACAAAGCGUUGUACGGAUUGCGUCGAUCCGGAGCCGCGUGA